AUGGAGCUGGUGUGGCUGUACCUGAUGCUGAUCCACGUGCAGCACGUCGCUGCCAUGACCUGGCUGUCCCUGGCCAAGCAGACUUCCCUGCAGACAGUCCUGUGGGACCCCAGGGGCUGUGAUGGCCUGAUGGGGCUGGAAGAAGAGCAGAUCCCUAUUUGCCAGCAGCAGGUGGAAGCCAUGGAGGGGCUGCAGGUCUUCGCCAAGGCCACCAUCCAAGACUGGUGCCAUUUCUUGUCCCGCUGCAGGCACACGGAGCCUGCUGUCACCCACGCCAUCCCGGCGCCGGCUCCGCUCUUGCUGCGAGCCGUGCCUGCAGCUGGGGAGGGCUGCACAAGAUCGCCAUUCUCUCAGGCCUCUCAGGCCUUCGUGGACAGCCCCGAGAGGAGCCGCAGUGUCUCCUCCAGCCGAGAGCCCAUGAAUCUGCACAACACCCCGCAGGCUCUCCUGGCCCACAUGGAGGAGGAGUGCAAGUGCCACGGUGUGUGGGGCUCCUGCGAGGCGCACACCUGGAAGGUCAUGCCUCCCUUCUGCCACAUGGGCACCGUCCUCAAGGAGAAGUCUGAGGGGACUGCAGAGGUUUACCCGAAGCAGGUCGGUUCCUGCCAGCUCCUGCUGCCCAGGAGCUCUCGCUCCAAGCACUACACAGCUCAUGGCCUGGUCUACCUGCGGGCCAGCCCGGACUUCUGUGACCGGGACCCUCGGCACGGCAUCUUCCGAACCUCAGGCUGCCAGUGCAAGCAGACACUGCUGCCAUGGAGCUGCUGUGCCGGGCAGGGCAUUCAGCAUGGCCUGGGCCGAGCCGGCAGAGCGCUGCAGCUGCAAGUUCCGCUGCACGGGUGCCGCUGA